GGUGCGGAUUGAAUGCAGAUGACGACUAACCAAAGCAAACACCACAUGACCGACCACUCACUCACUCACUCACUAAAAGGACGUCCUUCGUUGAUCUCUCUACUUAUUUAACUUUGCCUUAGUUAGUCACCGCUUUCUCGACUCCUUCACCAUCUCGUCAACAGAUGCUCGCGCUCUUUCGCAUCUCUUCACGUCGAGCAUCGCCUUUCAGAACCUCAAUUGAUACUACCCCGCGUCUAUUCGCAGCUUCAUUCUCGACUUCUUCGUCCAUCAUGGCACCUCCUCAAGAAGCUCUCGACUUCAUUGAGUUUGUCAAUGAGUCGCCAACUCCUUAUCAUGCCGUUCAGUCCGCCUCGGCUCGCUUCGAAAAGGCCGGUUUCAAGCUUAUCCGUGAGCGCGACUCUUGGGCUUCCACCCUCCGACCUGGCGGCAAAUACUACCUCACCCGCAAUGCUUCGACUAUCGUAGCCUUCACUAUCGGUCGAAAGUGGCGCCCUGGAAACCCUGUCGCCAUCAUUGGAGCCCAUACCGACUCUCCCUGUCUACGACUGAAGCCCGUAUCCAAGAAGAGCAACGUCGGUUACCUCCAGAUUGGCGUUGAGACAUAUGGCGGUGGUAUCUGGACCUCGUGGUUCGACCGUGACUUGAGUAUUGCCGGCCGUGUCCUGGUCAAGGAGGGUGACAACUUUGUUUCAAAGCUCGUCAAGGUUGACAAGCCUUUGGUCAGAAUCCCAACCCUCGCCAUUCACCUCCACCGACAGACCAACUUCGACCCCAACAAGGAGACCGAGCUUUUCCCCAUUGCAGGACUUGUUGCAGCUGAGCUUAACAAGGGAACAAAGGAUGAGAAGCCCGAGGAGAAGAAGGAUGACAAUGAGGAAGAUGAGGAGUUCAGGCCACUCAAGGUCAUCACUGAGAGACACCACCCUCAGGUCCUUGACGUUAUUGCAGCUGAGGCAGGAGUGGAGGUCUCUGCGAUUGUAGACUUUGAACUGAUUCUCUACGAUACUCAAAAGUCAUGCAUCGGUGGUCUUAGCGACGAGUUUAUCUUUUCUCCUCGUCUCGAUAACCUUGGCAUGACAUACUGCUCCGUAGAGGGACUUAUCGAGUCCGUCAAGGAUGAGUCCUCGCUCGAGGAAGACAGCACCAUUCGAUUGAUCGUUUGCUUUGAUCACGAAGAGAUCGGCUCGACCUCAGCACAGGGUGCCAACUCCAACCUGUUGCCAUCAGUCAUCCGCCGUCUGUCUGUUCUUCCUGGAAAGGACACGGCCAGUGAAGGUAGCUAUGAGGCUGUCCACCACGAUAACGAGGAGGCUACAGCAUACGAGCAGACUCUAUCACGAUCUUUCCUCGUAUCUGCUGAUAUGGCCCACUCUGUGCAUCCCAACUAUGCUGGCAAAUACGAGUCUUCGCAUCAGCCAGCCAUGAACGGCGGAACUGUUAUCAAGAUCAACGCCAACCAGCGCUACGCUACCAACUCUCCAGGAAUAGUGCUCCUUCAGGAGUGUGCUCGUGCAGCUGGCGUUCCUCUCCAGCUCUUUGUCGUCCGCAACGAUUCGCCUUGCGGUAGCACCAUCGGACCCGGUCUCGCUGCCGCCCUUGGUAUGAGGACUCUGGACCUCGGAAACCCACAGCUCAGCAUGCACAGCAUUCGUGAGACGGGGGGUACUGCCGAUGUCGCCUACGGUAUCAAGCUGUUCAAGGGAUUCUUUGAGAACUAUGGAUCCCUGGAGCCCAAGAUUCUCAUCGAUUAAACAUUAGAAGCGGAGCAUCAUAUGACGUCGGGUGUCAUUGGAGUUGGGUGUAGAAGCGUGGAGUGGAUGAAUGAAUGAUUGAAUACCGGGCAACAUUACAGCCAUGGGUUGGACGUAGUCUCACUUGUAUAUAGCUUGAUAGAUGAAUGAGCAAUGUCACUUUAUCAUUGGAAACAGGG